AGGGAAUAAACUGUCUAAGCAGGAUGUAAGAGUGGAGCAUAGGGUGUCUGUGGCAUUAUUUGUAUCUUACAGAGAGAGUUAGUUGGGAGGGCGGAACGUUGCGCCAGAACGUGACCAAUGGGGAUUGUGUGCAGUGACUGGGGGAGUUAGGUCGAGCUCAAGAGUGAGGAGGAAGUGAUCAGAUUUGUGUAGUGGGGUGAGCUGGGUGUGGUAAAGGGAGGUUAGGUUGCCCCACCCGUAGUUCAUUAAAAAUCUUUUGUCUGUCUUUUCAGAUGUAUUUACACCUUAAUUUAGACACCACAAAAAGGAAAGCAAAUAAAUAAUUAUCUGCAGAAGAAAGUCAAAGCUAUGUGUGGAAGAUAAUUUAAACUCUGCUAGAUCACCAUAAUCUUUUCAUCUGCAGAGCCAGAGGUUGGUGGUGAAGUUUGAUUUGAGAAUCAUGUCACAGAACAGUUUGAAUGAUAACUGCGUCCAUGUGGAUGAUCUCAUAAAGCGCUACUAUCUGCCUGUCAUGUACAGCAUCAUCUUUAUCAUUGGUAUGGUGGGGAACAUCACAGCUCUGGUGGUGUACGUGUUUAAAGUACGGCCAUGGACUAACAUCACCAUCAUCAUGGUAAAUCUUCUCGUCAGUGACCUUCUACUCAUGUCCUCCUUGCCCUUCUUAGUUUACAACUACAACAACAAUGACACCUGGACGCUGGGACUUGAUAUGUGUCGCUUCACGCGCUUUAUCUUUCAUUUUAACUUAUACGGCAGCAUCCUCUUCCUCACCUGUCUGUCCAUCUUCCGCUACGUUGGAGUUGUUCGUCCGGCGCAGAAGGAGAAAAUGAAGAAGAUGCGCUGGGGUGUGCUGGCUUGUGUUUUGGUCUGGGUUGUUGUAGUGGCCAUGAUAUCUCCAAUCUUUAAUAACUUUGAAUUAAAACUCGAAAACAACAAAACCGAAUGUCCGGACCUCGCCAGCAGUAACACAGACUUCGCCUGGCCGUAUAGCUGGGUGCUGACUGUAGUGGGAUAUAUAUCGCCUCUAAUCGUGAUCUGUUUGUGUUACUGGCGUAUUAUGAGAAAGUUAGGGAAGGGUCCUCACACAAAGAGCAGGGUACGAAUAAAGGCAAGAAGAGUUAUUGUGUUGAUAUUGACCUGCUUUUUUGUGUGUUUCUUGCCUUUUCACGUACUACGAGCUUUGAGAAUUUACACAAGGAUCAUGCCGAAAGUCACCUGCAGGUUGGACCACGGUGUGCAUGCUGUAUAUGUGAUAUCAAGACCAAUCCCUGUUCUUAACACAGUUUUUAACAUGAUGCUGUACACAUUGUCUGGGGAUUCCUUUAAACAGGCCUACAUGGAGUUCUUUAGGUGUAAACAGCUCACGGAAAAGACUAAAGAGAUCUGUAACGUGGCUGUGAUCAGCAAAUCCUCAUCCGACUCACAGUAGUGUAUGCUGUAAAAACGUCAAUUUUUUUUUCAAAUAAAUAUUUUUAUGUUACCAAUUUACAUAUAUAUGUAUUUAUAUUUAAUUAUCGGCAUAAAUAUUUCCUUAAAUGAGCUGUUGGUAAUGAAAAGUCACUCACUAAAUCCAUCAUCUGAAAGACAGUAAAAUGACCAAUCGUCAUUCACUCUUUAAUGUACACUAUAAAAAUAACCUUGGUUUUGCAAGUCAAUUCAAU